CCCGUUGUGGAAAAACGACCUGAAUUGUUAAUCUCCACCCGCCUUAAAUCCCAGGAGAAGAUUUGUAUUCACGAUAUUUCUCGAUCGCUCCCCUUCCCUCUUCACAAUUCAACAAUUUUUCUCUUUUGUUAGUGUGAAUCGCAUAUUGAGAAUUGUUUUGGAGGAUCAUUUUACACUUGAAUGUAUGGACAUAAAGGAGGACUCAGCGAAGCGCGCUGGAAGUUCUCUUUUAUUAGAGACCUGUAUGUGCUACGCAGACGGCACGGGCGCGAAAUUGUUGGAAGGGUGUAAUUUCUGCUCUCUGCGCGUUUGUGAGCGCUCACACUUAUCCAGACAGUGCGAAGGUACGUCGCACGCUUUGGCAGAAACGCACCGUCGUAUGUGACCGUGCAUGUGCAAAUUGGGCAGACGACAAAUCUUUUAAUUAACACGCAGUUGCGGAUCUGCACGGACUACCACGUACAUGUGAGCUGCUACCGAUUUUUGGAUUUACUCUCCAGACAACUCAUUUACAUUGGAUAAUUUCAUAAUCGCCCUUAAUCCGCUGAGGGAUUGAUUGUUGGUGGAUAAUUACUGCUUGUUUGUACACACUGUCAUCACGCCAUGCAACGACAGAUCACCUCUGGAUUUUUUGGUGAGUGUUUGAGAUGGAAGGUGUAGCCCUGGAUGCAUUGAAUACCAGUCAAUAGAUCGAGCAUAACCGGAGCGAUUCUUCCGAUCGAGUGGUUCCCGCCGUCAAUAAAAGGAAUAAAAAACACCGGCUUGUACCCCCAAUUUCAUACGUCUACACCCCUGGUUUACAAGCUCCAUCCGCCGUGGCGACGUUCAGACAUUCAGAGUUCAUCUGGACCCGGAGUGACACAGCAAGAUGGAUAAACUCCUCCCAAGUCUCAUCCUGAUGUCCCUUUUUCUUGCCAGUGACGUCGCUUCUCAGUUGGUCGAUCUGUCAACACCAUUGGCCACCGACUUCCCACCAGAACACCCUACAGACAUCAGAACUGAUACAAUACUCGUUGCAGCUGGUGGCACAAGAGGAGAUGGAGUGAUAGAUGAAAGAACUAGCACAGACCUAGCAGAGACGACAAUCCCGAAUAAGGAAUUCAAAUCAACGUCGGUACAGAGCGUUGGUAAGGUCCACUCGGGUUGGCCCACCGCUUCCACGAGGACAAACUUUACUGCUGGCGCUGCCAUCAAAGCGUUUUUAGUAGAAUCAAAUCCAGCGGAAGGGGACACGAUAACGCUUAGUUGCGUUGUGUUAGAUCCAACAAUCUUGACAGCGUCUUGGUACAAGGUGGAGCGAUUGAGCACGCACGAUAUUCUUGCUCCUGCAGCGGACGUUCAACGCAUGUCAGUAUCGCACGAUACGUCAGACGAUACGCGUCGCAUUUUUAAUCUGACGAUCGAAUUCGUGCAUAGUAAUGACAGCGGCGAGUACACGUGUCGGGGCAUCAACCGCCCUGGAGCAGCAGCAACUCUCGACAUCACAGUCAGGUACGUGCCGGAGUUGCAUUACCCAGAGUGCUACCUGAAUGGCAAAAGACAAGCAGCAGUAGUGGAAGGUGAUACUUUAAGAUUUGAGUGUCAGUCGGAGAAGGGAAUCCCACCAUGGCAUUUGAUUUGGUUUCGACAACUUAAUAAAAGCAUCGAUGUGAUAUCCACACCAAUCGAGGAUCGCUCGGAAUUUAUUUUUAGUGAACAUUCUGUCGUGGCGACACCUGAAUUGACUGGUGCCACGUUCAUAUGUUCGUUAGUAUGUUUAUCGCAUGAGUGCCUCAAGUCGAACAGGAACGCUCCAAGGAACUGCAAUAUCGGACCCUUGAUCGUCAAUAAGCGGCCCUCUCCCACGACGCCGGAGAUCAUCACCAUUGACCCUGGGAUGCCGAUCGCGUCGGAGGGCGACGAUAUCGAGUUCGAUUGUUCGACGACGCUUGAGGACGGCAACGCUGUCUGGUUUCCAAUCGGCGGCGAACCACCGCCCGAGGACCAUAUCAUCAUCUCUGAUGACGGCUCGCACAUGGCCAUCAAGAACGUGCGGACGAACGAUACUGACGUGAUGGCAUGCGGGAUCUUCUGCCAGGAGAAACUGGUCACCGUCCGGCAGGCCAAUCUGGAGAUCCUUCGCAAACCUAUAAUCACUCCAGAGCCGACGACGAGGGAAACGACCGCGUCGCCGACAACGACGCUGUCGCUGCCAGCAAUAUUAACUGUCACAGAGAGACUAAGAAACAAUGCAGUGGGUAGGGACAAAAAAAGAGAACAAGAUAUCCGGACGGAAAGGAGAAUAAAAAUCAGCACACCUUUAGCACUGAUUUUCAUGCUCGUUUUAUUAGUUAUACUCUUGGUUAUUGUUGUGCGGCUUAGGAGACAUUCGUACCAGAGAGCCGCCACAGAACCGCCCGAUAUACGCUAUUCCGUAUGACACGGAACAAGUGUAUCAGACUUUUCCUCACAAAGAACACUAUAAACAGCUGUGUGAAACCUCAACGUGACAUCCAUUGGACGUUGCCGGUGUGAGGAGACAUUGCCGACUUUAAGAAUCAUCAGACAACUUCGUGAUGCAUUGAAAACAACGAAGGGAUCUGUGAUCUUCUUAAAAGCAAAAAAUAUUUUCGUUUUGCUUUCUGUGGCGGUACAUUAUUUUGUGAUCUAUGCUUCUGUCUUGCAUGAUAUUUUAAAAACAUAUCUUUAUACUAUUUUAUAAUGUAAUCAUGCGGUCCCAUCAAUUCUUUACAUAAUGAUAUCAUGUUAUUAAAACAUGACCCAACUUGACCUUAAUGUUACAAAUACCUUAUGUUCAUUAUUCCAAUUUGAUAUACAGACAAUGAGGUUUAUUCAAAAUCAAUGAACUACAUUGAGCUUAAUUAUCACCCAAGGUGUGUGCUCAAAUUGAAUAAAUCAGACAUCUUUCGAUAAUUAAUCACAAUCAAAUCUAACUCAUUAUUCAUUAACUUAUUCUGAUUAUUCCUUCAAACAUCGUUCAACGAGAUGAAACAUUGAUCAUUGUUAGGCUGUUUGGCCCCGAAAAGUACAAGAGAUAAUUGUGUGAAGUGCCAGGAGUGUAAUGUUUGAUAGAAUAUGAUCGCUAUGUAAGAACUCACUACUAUUAUCAUUAUUAUCAUUUGUUGAUUUACGAAAAAAAAAUAAUUCCUUACUAUACUGCCCUUUUCUACGUCGUUUAUCUUCAUCAAUUGUAUUUAUCUUGCCAUUAAACAUUUGUUACCUUUUUUUAAUACAUCGGUGAUUGUUUUUUAGGGAAAUUACAUUUUCAAUUGUUUAUUCAGUAUUCAAAAUAUUGUUCGGUUAGAGUAUGUUCUCUACAAAGACGGUAUUUGUAUCACCUGUACGAUAAAGGAUCAUAUUAUUUACCUUAAUGGUUCCGUGUCUACAAAAGUAUUAUGAAUUCACAUUAUAGAUUGCCAUCAUUAAACAUUGUAUGUAAUCAUAUAUCCAUGGCAAUGAAAUUCAUUAGCAACAUUUAUUGCGGGAAUCAGUAACAGUAAGCCUUAUUGCACGCAAGGAGUCACCUCAAUAGACGAUUUUCGCAAUGUUAUCAAAUUUAAUGCACAAAUCUUUGUUACAAAUUAUUUCAUUCACCUGUUACGAAUAAUUGUAUUUUAAUAGUCAAGAUGCGAGUUGCAUACAUUAAUUGUUGCCAGAUAGGACAAACAUUAUGGCUUAUCCUACCUAACAGCACGUAAUGCACAUGUAUGCACUUCGCAUUCUGACUAUUGUACUCUAAUUAAUCAUAACAUGUGAAUGAAAUAAUCUAUAACGAGGCACUUAUCAAAGAUUUGUGCAUUACAUUUGAUGACAUUACGAAAAUGUCCUGUUGAGUCUUAAUUUCGUGCUUCAGUCGAAUCCAUGUAUAUGCGCAUCCACAAGUAAUUCAAAGGUAUAUGUCUGCACUGUUAGUCUUGUAAUUCUUUUGAAAGAUGUAACUCUCAAAUUGAAUGUCAAAUACCGCGGCCGUCAUUGACGUAACCCUACGUCAGCAAAAUAACGUAGUAUUACGUCAGGUAAA